GCGCAUGCCUUUGAACUUUGAAACCGCCACCAAGUCCCGUAGUCUGCAGUCUGCGUAGUCUGCAGUCUGCGUUUUACAGCAACCCCACACUCAUCACGUGACUAUUUUGCCAAGACGCUGGCACGCGCUGACUUUCUGAUGCUGGGAAGACAUGAUUAGCAUGUUGGUAUGGGUUGUAGUCACAUCAACGAUAUCAGUAGUGGCAAUGCCGGAUAGAAUAUACGGGAAUGUAAGAAUUAGGUUGGUCGCGUUUGGUGCCAAGUGGUUAACACAAAGUGAUGGCUCUGAGUGCUGCAAAGGAUGUACUAGUUGUGGAAAUUAUUUUGAUGUUUGUUAUUCGAAAAAUGAGGAGAAUAUAAAAGUAACUUGUGAACACACUGUGAGGACGGGAGUAUUACUGACUCGACCUCGACCUCGACCUGAUUCGAGUGGAAACGUCAGGAUUUUCUCACCUGAUGAGAGUCUAGGAAAUGGCGUUGUCAAUCCUGUCUUAUUACCAUUCUUCGAACCGUGGACUGGAAAUUUUGGUCUUCAAGUUGAUGUAUGGAAUAACUACACGGAUGGUCUUAUAGCUGAGAUGUACCACAAGCAAAGGGAAAACUCGUUUUCGACUAUUUUUAUGAACGACGUUAAAUUUGAACGAAUUCUUGUGUUAUCUUGGGAUAUGGUGUGUUCUCGAUAUUUUCAUGGUGACGACUGUUCUCAUUACUGCAAGCCUCGGAAUGACAACGGUGGUCAUUACCGUUGCUUAAGCAACGGAACGAAAAUUUGUCUACCAGGAUGGACAAAUCCGGGGAUAGAUUGCAGACAGAAAAUAGAUUUUGUGGAUUUUGGUGAUAGCAACUUGAUUACAGAAGUUGAUGAAUGCCUGUCACAGCCUUGUCACAAUGGUGGCAUUUGCAAUGAUUCUUUGGCUGGAUUCUUUUGCGCAUGCUCACAUAAAUAUACGGGAACUUACUGUCAAACAGAGAUCCACGACUGUUCACCAACUAGCUGCUUGAACGGAGCAUCAUGCCACGUUGUGUCAAGUCAGUUUGUAUGUGAUUGUGCUCCUGUAUACUGUGGUAGACAUUGUGAGUUUGAGAUCAACGAGUGCUCGUCGUCACCUUGCCCGAACAAUACACAUUGUAUCGAUGGAGUGAAUUAUUACGUUUGUGCAUACGGCAGAACCAAUUCCUCAGACAAUGAUUGUGGUAUAGACGAUGAAAGUUCAUUGUGUGACGAUAUCGCAUCUGUUUCCAUUGUUGUUCCCACUUUGGUGGCAUUUGUGAUAGGAAUCGUUUUGAUGUGGCUUAUUAUAAUUAUAAGAUCCAGACUUACAAGAGAAGCAAAUGACGAACAAGCACAAGAGACACAAGAUAUAAAAUUCAAAAUGGAAAGCAGUGUAUAGAGACAUGACCCAGCCUUGAUCGUUUAUGUAGUCAUUGUUUAAUCAAUCACUUUUAACAUUUGAAAAUAGAUUCUUUACAUUUAGAGCACAAUGUCAUGUGUAGCUACUUGUUUGUAACACGUACUGUGCGCAUGUGCUCAUCGUUUUAUAUUUACGUACUUAUAUUUUUAUCAAAUAUGGCGAAUAAGUUUGUUGA